UUCAGUAGAAUCCCUAGAAAACGAAAGGAGCAGUGCUAUGAAGAAGUGUCUUUUGCUAAUAUGUGCCCUCGCUACCGUUGGCACAGUUAGUGGUCGGUUAGGUGUGUCGUAUUCAAUCUCAACUUUAUCCCAAGUGAAAUCCGCCAUUGGAACAGGCAUCAAAUCGCUGCAAACAGCGAUCACGAAUAUAAAGAUAGAUCCGGCUGCGGAUACAAGUGGAGCAAUCACUGCUCUUCAGUUGAUAGGAACCGAUUUGACAAAUCCCCUUAACACAGUGUUUUCCGCAAUCCAAUCUGCGAUGUCUGCAACUUGUUGUGAUCCAAGUACUGUGAUUAACAGUGUGCUAACAUCUUUAGUGAAUGCAGGAAUGGCUAUCAACACCGCAACAACAGAUGCAUCAUCUUUGCAAACUGUGGUGAAGACUACCACCUUCACGACGCUAACUAGUGCCUUGCAAACUAUGUCAGAUGCAACUCAGGAAUUGUCUAAUGCUUUUACUAACCUAGAAACUCUGAUGGUUCAAGUUUCCGCUGCAAGUCCUCCAUAUACAUCGUCGAGUAUAACCAAAAUUAUUACCUCGGUAUUUGCGACGACAAUCGCCGCACCAGUAAAAACUCUAGUCAGUGGAAUAUUAUCCAUAAGUUCUGUGAUCACUACCAUCAUUACUGAUGUUAGAAAUACAGUAACUAUCACUACCAAAAUAAAUGCAGCAAUCAACGCAGGGACCGCCGCAUUGAUACAACCGUGGAAAUCAUUCACUAACACCGUGAACGCUGCAACAAAAUCGAUCAGUAAUAGCGCCACCAGCACUGUAUCCAGCAUCAGAGCAUCGUACACCUCCAUUUUGGCUAGAUCUACCAACUACAACAAUCGAGUUAUGGACCCCCUAAUCACCUUCUUAUCUGGUUUUACGAGCCUUAGGACGAACACACUUUCUGCAAUAUCAACGGCGGCCACUACUGCUCUACAUACUAUUCAAGCUACUCUAACAGCACAAGAAGCAAUCAUCACACCGGCAAUUACAACCGCGGCUGCUACCAUCACUUCGAUCGCCAUGACAAGCACAAGUAGAUUUGCCUCGACAUGCUUGUCUAAGCACUCUAACACACUACAUGGAUCUAGCGUUUCGAUGCAACGCCUUUCGUCCUGCAUCACACAGGAAAGCAGCAUCGCUUCGGUGAUGGCGUCUGCUGUGUCACAGGAGUUCAACACUAUAUCCUCCGCCAUGAGUGCACCAGCCGCCAAAUUGAAACUCUGCAUGGUUACGAACGGACAAUGCAGCUCAACGAUUUUUGCCGCCUUCACCGAUUUUGCGAGCAGCGCCUCAGAUAUGUUCAACGUAGUUUCGCAAAUUGCCAGUGUUUUUGAGGCUACGAUGACGCUUCGAGUCGAUACCUGCCUUGCGGCAGUCUCCGGUGACAUCCAGGAUAUAGUCACAAAGGCUCAAACUAGUUUUACCACUUGCCUUACCACUGGAAGUUAA